ACGAACAAUUUUUGAUAUUCACUUUGUUGCAAUCAUUGAGCUGGAACAUUCAAAUUGGAAAAAAAAAUUAAUAUUCAUUAUUCUAGUGUGCAAACCGAUAUUGUGGCAUCUUAAAACUAUAAUUUUCGUUUAUUUAUAUUGCGGUUGCAGCCCUGCGCGUGUAAGUGUGGUUAUCUUCAUCCCUAGAAUUCGGCGUCCACUCGAGGAAACUGUAAAUUACCAAUACGAAAAUAGUAAAAAUCAGGAGAAAAACUAUACUCUCUUAUUUGCCGUCCCCCCGUAACUACACACACCCAAGCAUUGCAAUGACGUCGCCACACUCGGAGACCCCUCUGCGUCGAUCUGCGGUGGGCAGCUACCGCAAAAACGACGAGGCCGAGCGGCAAGAGGCACACCGGCGCACACCGCUGGUGCAGCAGGACACUCGCAAGAGUUCAGCUCUCGAGUCCAUCGAGGAGAACGAGACGAUACGCUCCUGCGUGGAUCUGUACAACUGCGAUAAGCUGAGCAAAGACACUGCCUGGGAUACGUCGUUAAUUGAUUCGCUGGCCACUCUAAUGGAUCGCCAUCACAAACAGCUGAACAAUUUCAAGAUGGCUGGCUAUUCGCUGGAGGCCUCGGCCAAGGUCUACGGCCUGCGUGUAGACUCAAUCUACAAAGAUGCAUUGCGUAUAUCGGCGGGUUUGAAUGCUCGCCCCUUGAAGGGCUUACCUGAGGGACCUUCAGGUGAUGGCGAAGAUGCCGAUGCGGCUCCCAACCAACAGCAGCAGGCGGCACCUAAGCCCAAGCGCCAGAAAAGGAAUUUAUCAACGGUGACAAAGAACAAGGAAACAUUGAAUGCGCGUUUGGACAUGGUGCCCAUGCAGGAAGCGAUAUUGGGGAAGAUCAAUUCGACGGUGGGCUCCCUCGAUGCCUCCGCUCGAAUGAUACACAACAUUCUGCCCAGCGUGGACUUUGAGAUGCGGCUACGCCCAACCAACAAAAUCUGUGAUGACACCGAGGAGACGGAUGAGCUCAUGGCCAGCGAAACGCUGAGUGCUGGCACCAAGGAAUGGACCAAUGAAGAGUUGUGCAAUGCGGAAUGGCUGCCUAAGCUGUACAACCAUAUGGACAAACUAAAUCUGCGGCCACUCCACACGGGCUACGUGAUAACCAGUGCUCCCAAUCCCAAGCCACAGUCGGGAUCUAUUUCAGAGGCGGCCCCCACAUAUGAUGACGCUGCUGAGGGGCUGGAUAAUGCGGACGACUUCGGUGUGAAUCCCACACGGGCGCCGGGUAUAAAAGUUAGCCAGAGGUUUGGAGAAGCCGAUCUGGUUGAGGGACUGGGCAAUGAUACGGAUAUGGAUGGGGGCUCCCACCACGACGAUUCCGACACACAGCUUUUUGACAACGAACAUUUCACCACAGAUGAUCCUGUCAUGAACCGAAUGGCGGCAGAGGGCAUUGAAGAACCCACGGACAUGAUGAAUGAGGAUUCAUGUGAGGAUAUGCUCAAUCAAAGCCAAAACAUCCAUGAGGAUGAGGAUACAAUCUUGGAGAUAUCCACCGAAUUUAAGGAUGCACCAAGGCAGAUCACAAAAGUAAUUGUGCCAUUUGAGAAGCGUUCCAAGGUGAUCGACAUGAAGAAUCUCAAGAAAUGCUGCCAUUCUUUGAUCCAGAAACAGCUCCUGAGUCCUGUCGAUGAGGCAUCGAUACCCUCCCACCCAGUGCCAAAGGAAGAAAGCUACGCGAAGGGUACCGCCAGCUUCCAGGAGGUUUACCGAUCGUUGCCUGAUGUCUUGAGUGACAAAAUGAAAGAUUCUCUGUCCCCAUCGGUGGCCCUCUAUGCGGUUCUCCAUUUGGCCAACGACAUGAAACUGCGACUGAUUCCACAAGAGAAUCUAGAGGAUUUUCAAAUCCGGCAAGUUCUGGAUGACGAAGUUUAGAAGUAAUCAAUCUCCACACAAUUUUAAAAAAAUGUUUAUGCACCAAAACAUACAAAACACUAAACGAAACGAAGCAGGACUCAUUGCCAAUGUAUUUUUUGAUGAUUUUUUAAUUCCAUUUCUCAAACGGUACCCCGUUCUAAGUCAUAAGAUUUACAACAAUAGAAAUGUGUGUGCUACCAUAUUAACAAUAAAUUAAUAUUUUUGAGAGCACA